GCAGGGAAGGGCGGGGCGGCUGAGGAGCCGCAGUCUCGCGCCGCGGUCGCGAGCGUGUGAGGGGCUGUGCUCUGUGUUUCGCGGAGAUAGAAAGCCGUAUCCGCAGUAGUAGAAGCAGGAGCCACACUGUGAGGGAACCAUGAAGCAUUAUGAGGUGGAGAUUCUAGAUGCAAAGACGCGGGAGAAGCUGUGUUUCCUGGACAAGGUGGAGCCCCAGGCCACCAUUGCAGAGAUUAAGAACCUCUUCACCAAGACUCAUCCACAGUGGUACCCCGCCCGCCAGUCCCUCCGCCUGGACCCCAAGGGCAAGUCCCUGAAGGACGAGGAUGUGCUGCAGAAGUUGCCUGUGGGUACCACAGCCACACUCUACUUCCGGGACCUGGGGGCCCAGAUCAGCUGGGUGACGGUCUUCCUGACAGAGUAUGCUGGGCCCCUUUUCAUCUACCUGCUCUUCUACUUCCGGGUGCCCUUCAUCUAUGGCCACAAAUAUGACUUCACGUCCAGUCGGCACACAGUGGUGCACCUCGCCUGCACCUGCCACUCUCUGCACUAUGUCAAGCGCCUGCUGGAGACGCUGUUCGUGCACCGCUUCUCCCAUGGCACCAUGCCCCUGCGCAACAUCUUCAAGAACUGCACCUACUACUGGGGCUUCGCAGCAUGGAUGGCCUAUUACAUCAACCACCCUCUCUACACGCCCCCCACCUAUGGAGCUCAGCAGGUUAAACUGGCGCUGGCCAUCUUUGUGAUCUGCCAGCUUGGUAACUUCUCCAUCCACAUGGCUCUGCGGGACCUGCGGCCAGCUGGGUCCAAGACCAGGAAGAUCCCGUACCCUACCAAGAACCCCUUCACGUGGCUCUUCCUGCUGGUGUCCUGUCCCAACUAUACCUACGAGGUGGGGUCCUGGAUUGGCUUUGCCAUCAUGACACAGUGUCUCCCAGUGGCCCUCUUUUCCCUGGUGGGCUUCACUCAGAUGACCAUCUGGGCCAAGGGCAAGCACCGCAGCUACCUAAAGGAGUUCCGCGACUACCCACCCCUGCGCAUGCCCAUCAUCCCCUUCUUGCUCUGAGCCACUUCCGCUCCACCCGGGCUCAGUCAGGCCGGGCUCUCAUCCCCACCCCAGUAUCAUUCUGGGGUGGCUGCAGCUCUGCAUCUGGAUUAAAACCUGUCUGCCCCAGC